AUUUCAAUUUGAAAUAUUUUUCUCGAGUUCAUGAAUUUUGUCACUAAGCGAAAAAUAAAUAUCAGUGUAACGUCGCAAUUUAGAAAAUAAAUAUGUUACGAAAUUCAAUGCGAUUUAUUAGAAUUUCGAAUCAAUGUAAGAAGUUAUAUGUUGUAUAUAAUUAUAAUGAUAAUAAAUUCUUUAGCAGCUUAUCUCAGCUGCCUUUUUCCUCGAAAGAAUAUCAAAAAAGGCCUUCCUUAAAUAAAUGUAGUCAUCGUACAAUGUUUAUUCAGACACAAGAAACACCAAAUCCUAAUAGCUUGAAAUUCUUACCUGGCACAAAAGUCUUGGAGCCUGGUCAAACUAUGGAUUUUCCUAACAUAGGAGCUGCACAAUGUAGUCCUUUAGCUAAAAUGCUAUUUCGCAUCGACGGAGUUAAGGGCAUAUUCUUUGGAUCAGACUUUAUUACAGUCACAAAACAGGAUGAUGAUGUAGAUUGGAAACUUAUGAAACCAGAUAUAUAUGCAACAAUUAUGGAUUUCUUUGCCAGUGGACUGCCCGUUGUCACUGAUGUUAAACCUUCGGGCGAUACACAAAUCAAUGAAGAUGAUGAUGAAAUUGUACAAAUGAUCAAAGAACUGCUCGAUACUCGCAUUAGGCCCACAGUACAGGAAGAUGGAGGGGAUGUCCUUUUUGUCGAUUUCAAAGAUGGUGUACUUCGCCUAAAAAUGCAAGGCUCUUGUUCAUCAUGCCCAAGUUCAAUUGUAACCCUUAAGAAUGGUGUUCAAAAUAUGAUGCAGUUUUAUAUACCAGAAGUUUUGGCAGUUGAACAAAUUGAUAACGAAGAUGAACAGUUGAGUGAGAAAAUUUUCAAGGAAUUUGAGCAACUCAAAACCAAAGAAAAACAGGAAUAAUAUGAGAAUCAUUUGAUAUAAGAAAUAUUUAAGAAAAAAUCUGUAUUUUAUUUAUUACUUAACAAAGUUAUUGAUUUAGUAAAUAAAUAGAUGAAUUUAGAAAUAAGUCGACUUAAAUAUUUCAA